AAAAACAAACAGGGGCCUCUCUCUGUCUCUUAAACCUCUCCCUAAAGCCCUAAUUCUCAGACCAUCGCGACCACCAGCAAUGGCGGCCUCCAUCGCCUCGCAGUUGCAGGCCAUCAAGUCUCUGAUAAAAGCCGACUCGGAGCCACAGAAGCGUCCCUUCACUCGCCCUUCCAUUCUCUUCGACCCCAAAGAAGCCGCCGACAUCGACCUCGACGCUAUCCUCGACAUAGCUCUCACAGGGUUGGAGGUUCUUGUAGGAGCGGAUGAAAGGUUCAGGAAUUACAAGAACAAUUUGUUUAGCCAUAAAAGUAGAGAGUUAGAUAGAGAAUUGAUGAGUAUUGAGGAAAAUAACCAAAUGAACACAACCAUUAGUUCUUACCUGCGUUUGCUGUCUGGUUAUCUUCAACUUCCUUCGGCAUUGAAGACAUUAGAGUAUUUGAUACGUAAAUACAAGAUUUAUGUAUACAACACAGAAGAGUUGAUUAUGUGUGCUUUGCCUUACCAUGACACCCAUACUUUUGUUCGAGUUGUGCAGCUACUAGACACAGGAAGUAGUAAGUGGAAAUUUCUUCAAGGUGUAAAAGCCUCAGGUGCAGCACCACCUAGGAAGGUCAUAGUGCAACAGUGCAUUCGUGAUAUGGGGGUUUUGGAGGUCAUAUGCAGUUAUGCUUCACCUACCAAGAAGUUUCAGCCAUCUAGACCUAUGAUUACUCUCUGCACGGCAGUUAUUAUUGAGGUUUUGGGUUCUCUUACAACUCUUGACAGCAGUACCGUGCAGAGAAUCCUCCCAUAUAUAGUCUCUGGAUUGCAACCUGAUGCCAAAGGUGGUCCAGAUCACAAGGCUGGUUGUUUGAUGAUUGUUGGUUUACUUGCGAAUAGGGUAGCUUUGUCCCCUAAACUUGUCAAAAGCUUGAUGCGGUCAAUUGCCGAGGUAGCCCGUGAUGAUGCUAAAGAAUCUACUGAUCUGCAGUGGUUCCGUACAUCAGUUAUGGCCUUGAUCAAUCUAGUGCAGUUGCAAUCUGUUGAAGUGUUUCCCAAGAAGGUAGUGGAUAUUCUUGUAGAGAUAAGGGAUCUUCCGGGAAUUCUUGUGGCACUUACCAAGGAGUUCAACAUUGAUAAAUUCUUGGCUUCAUUUGUGGAUUCUCUCCUUGAGUACAGUUCCUCUGAUGAUCAUGGCCCUGUUGCUCUAUUAUCAAUUAUAGAGAAUGUUCCUCUGAAACAAUUUGUUCACCAAAUAGUGUCUAAAGUCCUUCAUUCAUGCCUGAGGUUACCGCAUCGGAAAAAUGAGUCAACAAGUUCUGAAUCAGGAAGCUGGGCCAAGCAAAUUUUAGUUUCCUUGAAUAAAAGUUACCCAUCUGAAUUUCUUGGAGCAGUUCAUGAGUUUCUAGAGGAUCCUAAAGUGCAAUCAAAGAAUGAAGGAUCUGCGUAUGAGAUUUUGUGCAGGGUAUUAGAUGGGAAUUUGGAUAUGCCUUCUGAGGUCUCUGAAUCAAGAAUAUGGUUUGCCCUGGAACAUCCAAUGGCUGAGGUUAGGCGCUCUACACUUUUAUGGUUGAAUACUUUUGGCAUUUUGAAAGAGAAGGCUGUUGGUUCAAAGAAACUUGCAACUAUUCAAGAUGCCAUAUUGCGCCGGCUUCGCGAUGAUGAUCUUACUGUGAUUCAGGCAACUUUAACUCUCAGUGGAUUGGAUGACAUCAUACCUCCCUUGGCUCUUCUUGAUGCACUUGAGAAAGUACUUCACAGAUGUCUUGUCAUUUUAAUGUCAAGUACAUCAGAUGAUACAUCUUUACCUGGUAAUGUUGCUGUCUUGUGUCUGGAAUGUGCCCUUUCAAACUUCCAAGAUAAGGAAGAAUUUGCUAAGCAACUUGCCAUGAUGAUGUUUCCCUUAUUGCUAAUCAUACCAAAGACUCAGAGGUUGAACUUGAAGGCUUUAGAAUCUGCCAAGGAAAUAAAGUGGCCUUUCUACCGGAAUCUCAUCAUUGCCUCCUCGAAUAAGAGACUGGAACAUGGGCACUUAUCUUCUAUUAAUAUGGAUACUAUCAGAGGGUUGGCGGAAACAUUCUUGAUGUGCCCUGAAGAAUAUCUUCCUUGGCUUGUUGAAUGCUGCCAUUUUUCAGAGCUGUCAAAAACGCUAUUCCUAUUGGUUUUGUUGCAGUCAGUCAUGAUGCCUAAAAUUGAUGAUGUUGGCCAAUUUAAUGCAUUAUAUGAUUCCUGCUAUCCAGUUCUGAAAACUGAGUGGAAUGCAUUAAAGUCUGCCAUACCUGUAUCUGCCAAAGAGUCCAACACAACAUUGCUGGAUGGGGACUGGAAAGCAUUUCUGGAUCAGCUAUAUGGGACCAGCUUUAGCACCGAUUUCAGGCAACUGAAUGCUAAGAUAUUAAUGUGUUUAUUUUGGAGGUUAUUGAAGGGGUUUAUUUUGACAAUGCCUGCAAAUGCCUCAUUGGACAAUAAUGGGAAGUGGGUUUGCAGUCUUCGGAAUCUGUUCAUCUUCUUUACUGAAUCUCAGUCAAAGCAUGUUUUUCAGAAGCAUAUUCGCUUCCUACUUAUGGAGAGCAAGAUAUCUGCUGUCCGGUUUUUGUCAAAGUUUUAUACUGAAGAAGGUGUUCCUGUUGCUGUUCAAGUUGAGAGCCUUAAUUCUCUUUAUUUUCUUUGUACUGAGUUGGAUGAGAACUUAAAUUCUCAACUUCUUGCUGAAUUUCCUUCACUUCUUGUUCCAUUAUCGAGUGAUAACCAGGAUGUACAGAUGGCUUCCAUGAAUUGCAUUGAAGGCUUAGGCAUGUUAUGCCCCCGUGUUAAUAUCACCAGAUUGAAAAAUGGAAACAGCACAAUCAGUAGUCAUUUGCUUGAGGAGCUUCUAAGCAUGAUUGUUCAACAUAAGAAGCUGAUACUUUCGGACAGAAAUUUCCUCUCUUCAUUUUUAAUGGCUUUGCUCAGCUCUUCAUUUGAUAGCCUUUUAGUGUCUCAGACAGUUGGAGAGAGAUUCAGUCAAUCGGCAAAGAAGGAGAUACUGGACUUCAUUCUAGUCUCUGCACUAAAUCUUUCUGCACACCCAAAGCUAAUCAUUCUAUCAUUACUUAAAGGACUGGGAAGUGGAAUUGUGAACUUUAGAGGUUUUAAUUUAUUGCUGUCUGAGCUUUUAGAAAGACGUCAUCAGUAUCAUCUUAGUCAUGAAAAAUCGUGUUGUAAGCUGUCAAAGAUUGAUGUUGAUAUCUUGUGCGUUUUAUUGGAGUGCUGUUCUGUUCCAACUUCCUCAUUUGAUGGGUAUGUUUUUGAAGAUCCAUUAUUGGAAGCUCUGAAGCUGGAUGCAUCAUCUGAUGAUCCUGCAGUUGUGCUUCCUUGUGUAACUGUGUUGAGGAAUCUCAGUGCUCCUGUAUACCAAGGUUUCAAAACUGAGAAGCAGGUAGAACUUUUUAGAGACCUUGUGCAUCUGUUUCGGACUGGUAACGGAGAUUUACGCAAUAUCGCCAGAGAUGCUUUGCUGCGUAUAAAUUUUACUUGCUCAACGGUCAUCCAGAUGCUUGAUUUUGCUUUGGAGGAGGAAGUUGGCAGAGAUGGUUCAGCAUAUGGAAAGAAGAAAAAGAAGCAUAUGACUUGUCUGAAUCAAAAUAGUGAGAUUAUGGGCAGAAAUGCGCUUUAUUUUGUGAGCUCGCUCCUAGAUAUUUUGCUGCUGAAGAAAGAUAUAGAGAAUCGGACAUCUCUUAUAGGACCCUUAUUUAAGCUUCUCUGCAAAAUGUUCACGGAUGACUGGGAAAAUGAUGAUCUUGACCAUGGUGAGAAAUGUGUGCAAGCUUCAUCUGACACUGCUCAAACCAUUUCCAGUAUAGCAUCUUAUGUUCGGCAGAUGCUCUUACUGAUUCUGGAAGAUAUUAUUUCUUCGCUGUUAACUAAUGUUCCUCUAAAGGAUGAUAUAAGUAACAAAUUUGAUUUGAAGCUAUUGGUCAAAUAUGCCCGUGCAGUAAAGGAUGAAAGCACUCGCAACCAUGUGUUCUCAUUGUUAUCUACCAUUGCAAAGGUUGCUCCAGACAACGUCGUGGAGCAUAUGAUGGAUAUCUUAACUGUUGCUGGGGAAUCAGCUGUUGAGCAGUGGGAUAUAAACUCGCAGCAAGUGUUUGAAGGCCUCAUAUCUGCAGUCAUUCCAUGCUGGUUAUCUAUGAAUGACAACAUUGAUGCAUUGCUACAGAUUUUUGUGAAUGUAUUGCCUGAAGUUGCAGAGCAUAGAAGGCUGUCAAUUAUUGUACAUCUGUUAAGGACUUUGGGGGAACUUAGCAGCUUUGGUUCACUACUUGUUCUCCUUUUUCGUUCAUUGGUUCGAAGGAAAAGAUUGUCUACCCUUGGUAAUAGUCUGCGCUCAUGGGAUCAAUUGACUUCCAUUACACGUACAGAAUGGGAGUUCGUAUUUGCAAUGCAAAUAUCUGAACAGUAUUCGUGCACGAUAUGGCUUCCUGCUCUUGUUGAGCUGCUUCAGCAAAUAGAAGUGGGCAACUGGGAUGAAGAGUUGUUUAUGGAACUGGUUGUUUCAAUGCAGCUCAUUUCUGACAAAAUGCAAGAUCCUGAAAUUGCAUUUAAACUUGAUUCUGGAAAAGAAUCAGAGGAAAUUCAGAGAAUGCUUGGAGCACUUAUGGAGAAGGUUGUUUCUCAUUUGCAACUGGUUGACUCGAGAAGAAAGCAAAUAGGUUUUCGCACUGUCAUCAGGAAAGAACUAAAGGAGAGUAUGCGUACUGUCCUGCGAAACAUCAUAAAAAGGCUCACACCAUCAGCAUACUUCAGAGGGAUGAUUAAAUUGCUGAAACAUGAAGAUAGAAGCGUGAGGAGAAAAGCUCUUGGUCUUUUAUCUGAAACUGUGAAAGACACUGACAAUGCCAAACUGAAGCAUGAGAGAAAAGCAUUGUCUUCAAAAUGGCUUCAUCUUGAUGAGAAAUCUGUGGAAUCCUUUAAGCAGCUGUGUGUCGAAAUUGUGCAGCUGUUUGAUGACUCUGUUGAUGGUUCUGAUACUGCAUUGAAAAUGACAGCAGUUUCAGCCCUUGAAGCUUUGGCAUGGAAAUUUCCUUCUAAUUCUUCUGUCUUCAGCGUUUGUCUUGCAUCUGUGUCUAAAAAUAUCCUGUCAGACAACUUGGCUGUCUCCUCCUGUUGCCUCCGAACAACUGGCACUUUGAUCAACGUUCUUGGCUUGAGGGCUCUUCCUGAGAUUUCUUCUAUUAUGGAGAAUCUGCUGAAGGUGUUGUCAACGGCUUCUGCAUUAAUCACCUCUGGUGAAGAUAAUAUGUCCAUUGCAUUGACAGAUUCCAAGGAAUCUCUCUUUAUGUCUGUUCUUCUAGCCUUAGAGGCCAUCAUUGACAAGCUUGGUGGGUUUUUAAAUCCAUAUCUUGGAGACAUCCUGAAACUCAUUGUGUUGCAUCCCAACUAUGCAACUGGGUCUGAUCAUAAAUUAAACUUGAAAGCCAAUGUAAUUCGGAAGCUUAUUGUUGACAAAGUCAAAGUUCGAUCUUUGCUUCCGCCUCUGUUGAAUAUAUAUUCUGAAGCUAUUAAACGUGGCGAUUCAAGUUUGUCAAUUGUGUUUGAAAUGUUAGGGCAGUUAGUACGAACAAUGGAAAAGGCAUCGAUUGCUGCUCAUUAUGCAGAAGUUUUUGACUUGUGUUUGUUAGCACUUGAUCUUCGCCGUCAACAUCCUGUUACAAUUAAGAGCAUUGAUGAUGUUGAGAAAAAUGUUAUCCACACAAUGAUUUUACUUACCAUGAAACUUACAGAGAUGAUGUUCAAGCCUCUUUUCAUUAGGUGUAUUGAGUGGGCUGAGUUGAAUGAGAAUGGAAGUGAAGGGGGGUACACAAGUAUUGACAGGGCAAUUUCUUUCUAUAGCUUGGUAAAUAAACUAGCUGAAAGCCACCGAUCGUUGUUUGUCCCGUACUUCAAAUUCUUGCUUGAUAGUUGUAUACGGCAUCUGACAGCUGCUGAAGGUUUAAAAAUUGCUGUGCCAAGAAAGAAGAAGGCUAAGCUCCAUGAAACAAACAGUAAUAAGAAUGAUGGAAAUGGUACCUUGACCCCUGAGAUGUGGCAUCUUAGGACAUUGGUUGUGUCGUCUUUGCAUAAAUGUUUUCUUUUUGAUGCUGGAAGUUUGAAGUUUCUCGAUUCAUCAAAUUUUGAGGUACUGCUGAAACCCAUAGUCUCACAACUAGUCAUAGAACCACCUGCUUCUUUAGAAAACCACACAAGCAUACCAUCUGUAGAGGAAGUCGAUGAUUUGUUGGUUGCAUGCGUUGGUCAAAUGGCUGUUGCAGCUGGUUCUGACCUUCUGUGGAAGCCCCUGAACCAUGAGGUGUUGAUGCAAACGCGAAGUGAGAAGGUUCGGGCUCGUAUUCUAGGCCUGAGAAUUGUGAAAUUCCUAAUGGAGAAUUUGAAGGAAGAAUAUUUAGUUUUCUUGGCUGAGACCAUCCCCUUUCUUGGUGAAUUGCUGGAAGACGUUGAGCCGCCUGUUAAGUCUCUUGCACAAGAGAUCCUCAAGGAAAUGGAAUCCAUGAGUGGGGAAAGCCUUCGCCAAUACCUCUGAUGUCGUACAUUAUCUAUUUCUUGCUGUGUUAUUCCUUUGAGCAUUCCAAAAGAGCUACACACAAAAUGCUGUUCUAGCCGAGUUCUAAUAGAGCACUUUGUGGGGAUCAAUACGUAUAUGUUUGUUCUUUAACAUGUACAUAAAUGCUAAGUUUUUCAACUUGGUAUAGCUGAGGUUGAAAUUUUUGAUAGGAGAGCGGCUCUUAGUUCACUAGAUGACAUGAUAUAUAUCUUAGGUAGCAGUUCUGUAUAAUUGGCAAUGCUGCCUAAUGUUAUCUAUUGUUAUUCUAAAUCUUUCUCCAUUCCAUGCUUCUCAGAUGCAGUAAUAAAACUGCUGUUAUCUGUUCA